GUCAUGAGGAUCCGAGACCUGCGCCUGCGGGACCUGACCGUCAUGUACUUCACCGCCCUGGCCGCCCUCACGGUCAUCCUGGUGGCGUCCUAUCAGGCCCCCGCCGCCGUGGCCGUGGUGGACCUGGUCGCCGGGACCGCGGCCGAGCGGGCGCCGGCCCUGCCGAUGCCCUUCCGGGUGCCGCUGGACCCGCUGGGCGAGCUGAGGCUGGCGUGGAACGUCAGCUACGAGCGCCAGGAGGUGACCUUGGAGCUGAGGGCGGCCCACAUGCAGCACGGCGUCUUGCUGGGGAUGUCGGACCGAGGCCAGCUGACCCGCGCCGACCUGGUGGUCUUGUGGGAGGCGGGAGGCAAAAGUUAUUUUGGGGACGCGUGGAGUGACAGCGAGGGUCAUGUGACCUUGGACCGCCAGCAGGACUACCAGCUGAUGGAAGCCAGAAGGACGUCUGAAGGCUUUUACCUGCUCUUCAAGAGACUUUUCAACACCUGCGACCCCAGAGAUUACCUCAUUCAGGAGGGCACGGUGCACGUCAUCUACGCUCUGCUGGACCAACCCCUGGCCUCCUUGGAGCAGCUCAACCUGUCAGGCAUCCACACGGGCCUCCAAAGGGUCCUGAUGCUGCGGCCCGACACGCCGCCGCCCACGCUGCCCCCGGACGUGCGCACGCUGGACGUGGUGGCGCCCGACGUGCUGAUCCCGGGUCAGGAGACCACCUACUGGUGCUCCGUCCACAGGCUGCCCGAGGGCAUGGCCAAGAACCACAUCGUCAUGUACGAGUCCGUGAUCACGGCGGGUAACGAGGCCAUCGUGCAUCACAUGGAGGUCUUCGAGUGUUCCCCCGACAUGAGCAACGUUCCCGACUACAGCGGCUCCUGCGACGACAAGAUGAAGCCGAGCAAGCUGAACUUCUGCCGCCACGUGCUGGCCGCCUGGGCCAUGGGUGCUGAGGCCUUCUACUAUCCACCUCAUGCUGGACUGCCUGUCGGGGGACAUGCUGCCUCACGCUUCCUGCGGCUGGAAGUCCACUACCACAACCCUCUACGCAUAGCUGGCAGACGCGACUCGUCAGGGAUCCGCCUCCACUUGACCCCCAGUCUGAGACGCUACGAUGCAGGGAUCAUGGAGCUGGGUCUGGUCUACACGCCCAUCAUGGCCGUCCCACCUCAGCAGCACACCUUCUACCUGAGCGGCUACUGCACCUCCGACUGUACACGCACGGUACGCACACGCGCGCCACUCGCUUCUUCCUCAAUCACCUACCGUCUUUUGCUAGGCUCUACCACCAGGGGGCGUCUUCAUAUUUGCAUCGCAGCUGCACACCCACCUGGCGGGCAGAGGGGUGCGCACCGUCCUGGUGAGGGGGGGCAAGGAGGUGGAGGUGGUGCAGGAGGACACACACUUCAGUACACACUACCAGAGCAUCCGAGUCCUGAAGAAGAUAGUCCAGGUUCUACCGGGCGACGCCCUCAUAACCAGGUGCACCUACAACACCUGGGACAGGGACAGGCCUACUGUGGGAGGCUUUGGCAUCAUGGAGGAAAUGUGUGUCAACUACGUGCACUACUACCCACGCACGCACCUGGAAGUCUGCAAGAGUCACCUGGACCUGGAACACCUGCAGAGGUUCUUCACCUUCAUUACAAGAUUCCAAGGCCAGGAGUCGUGUGUGUGUGGCGAGGACAGCGUGACAGACCAGUAUUCCCGCCUGAAGUGGGACAAGUUCUCCACUCAGGUCCUGGACUCGCUGUACACCACGGCACCCAUCUCCAUGCACUGCAACCAAUCUACCGCACGCCUCUUCCCUGGAGUUUGGGACAAGCAGCCGCUGCCAGUCGUGACCUCGGUCCUGCAGAGACCUCCUUACCCAUGUGAGGUGGGGGUGCGCCCCACCCCUCACCCCAUCGUACCCCCAGUCUGAGUCAGCAGUUUUGCUUUAAGAAUUCUUUAUUUUUGUCAAGCUGCUGUGCCUUUUUGAAGACAAAGAAGUUCUUUAAAAAACCCGCAAGGUGGACUUUUUUGUCCUUACAGUACUUUUUUUUCCCAAAUAUGUUUUUUAUUUCAAGCCAAUAAAUAGCUUUUGAUCAAAUGA